AUGUCAGCACUCUGUUAUCUCGCCCCUGCAGCGGCAGCGGCAGCAGCCAGUCUCGCGUACCUUGAUGGUCGCCAUGGCUUCACUUACGACUGGCCCUUUUUUUAUUCCAUGAUCAGCAGCCAAAUCGCAGGCGCCAUCCACGAACGACGCGAUACCCUCAGUCUCUUCUAUGACCUCGAAACACACGCGAAGUCGGCCCUGCGCGCGAACCAAACCUUCGUCAUCUUUUGUGGAAGAACAUGGACAUAUGCGCAGGCUUAUGACACCGUGCUCAGAUAUGGAGCGUGGUUGAAGAGUAGGGGGGUGGACAAGGGUGAUAUUGUCGCAAUGGACUUUGUGAACUCGGACGUCUUCAUCUGGGUCUGGUUUGGUCUGUGGAGCAUUGGCGCGAAGCCUGCUUUUAUAAACUAUAACCUCACUGGAAAGCCGCUUGUUCAUACCAUCAAGACAAGCACCGCGCGAUUGGUACUGGUAGACCCAGAAGGCAAAGCCAAGUUCAGCGAGCAUGUGCUCAACGAGAAUGGCUUCACUCGGGUGCAUGGCGCAGACAAAGUCGAAUAUACCUUUGAUAUGGAGCAGUUGGAUGUCCCAAAAUCUGUCAGGAACCAGACACAGACGCCACAAGCCGCCGUUGAAGCUGGCGCAGUAUCAGAGCCCCAAUCCGCCCAGCGAAACAUCGAGAUCAUCUUUUUCGACGACGCGCUCACAUCGCACAUCCUCACAUAUCCGCCAACACGCCUCCCAGAUGCCGUCCGAUCAGGCCAGAAGCGGACCAGCAUGGCCAUGCUCAUCUACACAUCAGGCACAACAGGACUACCCAAGCCGGCCGUAAUGUCCUGGGGCAAAUGCACCAUUGCUUCAAAAUUCACUGCCAGCUGGCUCAAACUCAAGAAUGAUGUCGUCCACACAUCCAUGCCGCUCUACCAUAGUUCUGCCUCUGUUCUCGGAGUAUGUGCAGUGCUUGGGUCAGGAAACACAAUCUGCCUAUCCAAGAAAUUCUCUCACAAGACAUUCUGGACCGAAGUCCGCGACUCCAACGCCACCAUUCUACACUACGUUGGCGAAACAUGUCGCUACCUUCUCUCUGCACCCGCCUCACCCCUCGACAAACAACACAAAAUCCGCGCCGCCUUUGGCAACGGCCUAAGACCCGAUGUCUGGGAACCCUUUAAGCAGCGCUUCGGCAUCGAAACAAUCUACGAAUUCUACGCCGCUACCGAAGCCCCCAUCGGCCUCUUCAACCGCUCCACAAACACCUUCUCCAGCGGCGCAAUCGCCCGCAACGGCACAUUGGGUAACGCCCUCCUAUCCAAGAAACUUGCAAUCGUACGCAUGGAUCCCGAAUCCGACCCUCCAGAGCCCGUCCGCGACCCCAAAACAGGCUUCUGCCAACGCUGCGACGAUAACGAACCCGGUGAGCUCCUCGCCAAACUUGACGCCGCGAACAUGGAGAACAGCUUCCAGGGCUACUACGGCAACGAAAAAGCGACGAGCAGCAAAAUCUUACGCAAUGUCAUGGAAAAGGGCGACGCGUACUUCCGCUCCGGAGACCUAAUGCGCUGGGACGACGAAGGGCGAUUCUGGUUCGUAGACCGUCUUGGUGACACGUUCCGCUGGAAAGCAGAAAAUGUGUCGACGGCUGAACUCAACAUGUAA